AUGGUGAAGUCUUAUACGAGAUACGAGCUUAACCGCACGAUAGGUGUGAUUGCAUCGCAUUCUAAUUCGAUCUUUAUCGAACCAGAUUCAAAGGAAGCAAAAAAGAGUGCUGGCAGAGUGAUCACAGCAUGUCUUGAGGAAAUUCUCGUAUGGGAUAUUAAAACAGGAGAAAUCCUACAAAGACUACAUGAUGGUAUGGCGCCAGGAUCAUUAAAUUCAACAAGUCAAAAUCCACCGGCCCAGACUGUAAGCUUGGCAUACGAGCCAAUAACAAACGUUUUAGCAUCUGGAUACUCGGAUGGUUCUAUAAAGAUUUGGGAUUUGACUUCAGGUGUUGUCCUGAUAAAUUUCCAAGGUCACAGAUCCGCUGUUAGUAUGUUAAAGUUUGAUAGAUCCGGCACCAGAUUGGUUUCCGGUUCUAGAGACACCACGGCUAUUCUUUGGGAUCUUGUGGGAGAGACCGGCCUAUUUAAGUUGGAAGGGCACAGAGAUCAAAUAACGGGAAUUGAAUUUUUGAGUGCCACGGAUAAAACAGGAACAGAUGAGAUGGAUGACUGGCUAUUGACGACAUCCAAGGAUGGAAUGAUAAAGCUUUGGGAUUUAAAAGCUAAACAGUGUGUGGAAACACACGUUGCACAUAGUGGAGAAUGCUGGGCUUUGGGUCUCAACGAUACCAGAGAACUAUGCUUAACAUGUGGCAUGGAUAAUCAGGUCAAACUUUGGAAGGUUGAUUUAACGCAGGAGAAGACAAAAAUUGUCGAACAAGGCAGCUUUGAGAAACAAAGUAAGCGUCGUGGCAUUGAGAUUGGAUUUCACACUACAAGCCAAGGCGAGUUCUUUUACAUAAGCAAUGCCGACAAGAUGUGUGAAUUAUUUAGAUUCAGAACUGAGAAGGAAAUGAAGAAGGCCACAGCCAAAAGAACAAAAAGACUUCAGGCCAAAGGAUUGUCAGAAGCCGAGAUCGAGAAAAACAUCAAGGAGUCUACUGUUAACAUGCUUGUUGCCCCAUUCACGGUUAUAUAUGCAGAGAGAUCCAAGAUAAGAUCAGCGACAUGGGGAAAAUUAUCAGACAGAAAGCUUGAUAUAGUACUUUCGUUGACAAACAACACUUUGUCGUACUACAAUGUGACAAUUCCCGAGGUUGUUCGUAAGCACAAAUCUUCGGAGCAGGUUGCAGAAGAGAAGUAUAUAUUGGACAGGUUGGGACAUAGACACGAUAUUAGGGCUGUCGAUAUAUCUGACGAUGAUGCGUUAAUUAUUACAGGAUCUAAUAACCAGCUCAAAGUCUGGAAUGCCAAAACGGGCAACUGUAUUCGUACUUUUGAGAAGACUGGGUAUGUGCUAUCGGCCAAAGUGUUACCUGGUGGAUCCUUGGUUGUUAUUGGUACAAAGGAUGGAUACUUGCGCUUGCUGGAUUUAGCCAAAUCCACAGUUUUAGAUUCAAUUGACGAUGCACAUGGCGGGAAGGCUAUCUGGUCUAUUGAUCUCUCACCUGAUGGGAAAACUAUAGUAACGGGAUCAGCAGACAAGACUAUUAAGUUUUGGGAGAUCAAGGUCAUUAAAGAUCUUGUUCCAGGUACCACUGACAAAUACGUCGAAUUACUACAUUUAGAUCACACCAGAACUUUAGAACUUACAGAUGACGUUCUGUCGGUGCGUGUUUCACCAGAUGGCAAAUAUUUGGCUGCCGCAUUGAUGGAUAACACAGUCAAGGUUUUCUUUUACGAUACGUUGAAGUUUUAUCUCAGUUUAUAUGGACACAAGUUGCCCGUUCUAUCGAUUGAUAUCUCAUUUGAUUCCAAGACCAUCAUCACAUCCUCUGCCGACAAGAAUAUCAGAAUUUGGGGAUUGGACUUUGGUGAUUGCCACCGUUCUAUAUUUGGGCAUCAGGAUGCAAUUAUGUGUGUGAGAUUCUUCCCAGAUUCUAAAAACUUUGUAAGCUGCUCGAAGGAUGGAAUGGUUAAAACGUGGGAUGGCGAUAAGUUUCAGAAUGUUCAAAAGCUUGCCGUGCAUCAGUCGGAGGUGUGGAGCUUGGCAAUGAGCCACAGUGGAGAAUUCUUUGUUACCGUUUCGCAUGAUUCCAGUAUAAGAAUAUGGCAAGAAACAGAUGACCAAGUGUUUUUGGAGGAGGAGAGAGAAAAAGAGAUGGACGAAAACUACGAGGAUGAGCUUAUAAGUUCAUUGGAAGGUGGAAAUGGUGAUGAUAUGGCAUUAAAGAAAAAGUCCGACUCGAAUGAAGACGACGAGGAUGAAGAUGAUGAGCAAAGCAAGAUAACCAGAGUGAGCAGACAGACAAUGGAAAAGCUUAAGGCAGGAGAAAAGUUGAUGGAUGCAUUGGAUCUUUCAUCAAAACAGAUGGAUGAUAUGAUCAACUACGAAGAAGAGAUGCAAAAGUUUAAGCAUGGGCAGCUUGGAAUUUUGCAGCCAACAAAGCCAGAAGUGAAUGCGCUACUACAAGCACUCAAUAAGACUCCAGAGGACUAUGUUUUAGAUGCAUUAGUGAAAAUUAAGGCUGCCCAGUUAGAAGAUGCUUUGCUAGUUCUUCCGUUUUCUUAUUCUCUUAAACUCUUGAAGUUUAUUAGGAUUUGGACAAAUGCAGACCAACAGAAAAAGAAUAACGACUAUAUUGCACGCAUUUGCCGAACCCUCUUCUUUGUCACGGAGUCUAACCAUAUGGAACUCAUAAGCCAGAAGGAUCCAGAGAUUAAGAUGGAGAUCAUGGAUUUGAAAGAUCAACUUCGGGAAAUAUUGGAAGGAACGAAAGACAAAGUGGGAUUAAACUUGGCCGGAUUGAAGUUCAUACAGGAACAAUGGAACCAGAAUCAUAGCCAUGUGUUUGAUGAGUCAAAGCCACAAGAAGAUGAAGAUAGUCAUAAGAGGAAGAGAGUGUAUACUACCAUAGCUUAG